UAAUCGAUCCUAAAAAAAAGCCCAACUAAAACACCGCAACUGUUGUCACUAAGCAUCAUCUCAAAACAAUGGCGUCACUAAGCAGCAGACUAUCUUCUUUCUCUCUCCUGAAACCUCCAACACCAACCAUAAUCCACCGCAAUGCAGUUUCCCCGUCGUCUAAACUUCAAUUUCGCAGUUGCGUUACAACUUCUUCAAAUGCUAAUUUCUUAACCACAAAUCUUAAAUUGGGGAAUUCCUUAAGAGUGAAUUCGCAAUUGAAAUUCAAUUGCCCAAUCGUUUCGCCGGACGAUCAUUGGGGUUUAUGGUCUGUUCUUCUAUCCACUGGAGCUUUCGGUCUUUGGUCGGCGAAGACAAAGAUUGGGAGCAUGGUCAGUUCUGCACUUGUGAGCAUUUUGAUUGGCCUAGCAGCGAGUAAUUUGAGGAUUAUUCCUUACGAAGCUCCGGCAUAUUCCACUGUGUUGGAAUACUUGUUACCCUUAACUGUUCCUUUGCUCUUGUUUAGAGCUAACAUGCGUCAGCUUAUUCAGUCAACUGGGAGUUUACUUUUGGCAUUCUUGUUGGGAUCAGUGGCUACAGCAAUUGGGACAGUGGUUGCAUUUUUUAUAGUUCCUAUGCGAUCGCUUGGUGCUGAUGCUUGGAAAAUUGCUACUGCACUCAUGGGAAGUUAUAUUGGUGGAUCUGUCAAUUACAUCGCAAUUUCUGAGGCUCUUGGUAUUUCCCCAUCAAAUAUAGCUGCUGGAGUAGCUGCAGAUAAUGUCAUUUGUGCUAUUUACUUUAUGGCAUUAUUUGCAAUAGCAUCCAGAGUUCCCGAGGCCUCAAAAUCCAGCACGGAUGAUCCCGUGACAUCAGUGAAUAAUGCUGAGACGAAGGUCCACACGCUACCUACUGCUACUGCUACUGCUAUUGCUGUAUCCUUUGCAAUAUGCAGAUGUGCCAUCUUCAUCACAAAUUUGUUUGGAAUCCGAGGAGGCACCAUUCCAAUAGCUACGGCAAUUGUGGUGGUCCUAGCUACUGUCUUCCCGCCAGUGUUUAAGUACCUUGCACCUUCUGCAGAGGUUUUGUCUUUGGUUUUAAUGCAGGUGUUCUUCGUUGUGAUUGGAGCAAGUGGUAAUAUCUGGAGCGUUAUCAGCACCGCGCCAAGUAUAUUCUUGUUUGCAUUUGUACAAGUUACGGUCCAUGUGGCCGUCAUUCUGUGGUUAGGGAAGAUAUUUCAUGUUGAUCUGAAGCUGUUGCUUUUGGCUUCCAAUGCCAAUAUUGGAGGCCCAACUACAGCUUCAGGAAUGGCCAGGGCCAAAGGGUGGAAUUCUCUGAUUAUUCCUGGAAUUCUUACUGGGAUUUUUGGCAUAUCGAUUGCAACUUUUGUUGCUAUUGGUGUUGGACUAACAGUCCUUAAGCACAUGUAAUUUUAUGAAUUCAAAUGAUGCAUUGAAUGGCAGAUGGUUAUUUUAGUAUAUUGUUGUUGAAUAUGCUGCAGAUGCUAACAAUUUUGGAACCUAAAUAAUUUAUUCUGCAAAAAGAACCCUCCCUAAAAAAAAGAUACCUUUUAUUUAAAAAUUUAUUU